GGAAGCUGGCUAACGGGGAAGGCGUACGGGAGGAGGAAAACUCAGAAAUCUCUUUGAAUUAUCGUCAAUCCACCACACAAUGUUCAGACAAUCAUUCAGAGCAAUCACCAAGGUCAACAGAUUGGCCGGUGUCAGAACCUAUGCGGAAGCCGCCACUACCUUGAAGUUGUCCUUGGCUAUGCCACACGACACCAUCUUCAACAAGAAGGAAGUUACCCAAGUCAACGUCCCAGCAGUCUCUGGUGACAUGGGUAUCUUGGCUAACCACGUCCCAAUCGUUGAACAAUUGAACCCAGGUGUUGUUGAAAUCUUGGAAGGUACCGCCUCCUCCAAGUUCUUCAUUUCUGGUGGUUUCGUUUCUGUCUUGCCAGACUCCUCCAUCGCUAUCACAACUGUCGAAGCCUUCCCAUUAGACGCUUUUGACGCCUCCACCGUCAAGACCUUAUUGACCGAGGCCAAGAAGAACGCUGCUUCCUCCGACGAAAAGGUUGCUGCUGAAGCUUCCAUCGAAGUCGAAGUUUUGGAAGCUUUAACUACUGCUUUACACUAGAUGCUCUAAAACCGUCCUAUAGCAAUGGGCACCUUAUUUAUUGACUCUAACAUGUUAUAGUUGUUUAUUUAUUUUUUUCAUGCCAUGAUUUAUUCAGUAACAUAAAAAACUUCUUACGAUC